UAGUAGGCGUGCCUUACGGAGGUCCUGAAGACUAGAAAAAGCUUCACGUAUUGCGAUCUUGUUACGCUGUUGAACUUCGAUAAACAUCUGAAUUCAAGUUUUUUUUUUUUCUUGGAGUGAGGCGUUCGUGAAGAAAUAUAUGGGUAAGAAUUGACUCAAGGCGCUAUUAAGAAGAGUGACGUAAAAUAGCUUUAAAAAUGCAUAUGAUGAACAUAGGUAUUUCACGUUCACCUAAAUGAGUCAGAGGGGCAUGUAAGGUCAUCAAUCGAAGAACGGUGGGAAAAGAUUGAGAGUUAACGUAAAGCUGCAAUACUGUUAUUUCAUCACAGGAUGGAGGAAAGCGACGACGACCCGGUUCUCAGUGUUGUCAAGUGGGAGGAUUUCCUUCAGGACUACAGCAAAGAUGGGGACUACAUUCAUGGCUUUGUGACUACUGAGUCAAGCGUAGACAAUGUCCUGGAACUGUACAGAAAAGCUACCAAAACAACAUUCUGCACCCGCCGGUCUUCAUCCCUGCAAGUGGAUCCGCUUAAGUGCAAGAAUAAGAAGUUCUGCACUCGCUCUUUUGUUUUCUGCAGGACCAUCAGCCCUCGCAUCACCGAUGAUGGAGUUCCCUUCACGUAUGGUGGCAUGAAGACACUGGAGUGCCAGUAUGGACCUAAAAGGGAGCAUAGAAGAAAGAGUGAUAUAGAAAGCACGUGUUCUGAUGAGAAUAUGAGAAGCAAUAAUGAAAAUACGGCAUCCUGUGGACUGAAGAGGCCCAAAAAGAGACUUUCCGCUGGAGUCACCAAAAAGAAAGGAUGCCAGGCCAAAAUCUCAGUUUGGCACAUCUGCAGGUUACCAGAGUACGUUGUGACGGCAAAGAGGAGUGUGACAAUUUGGCAAACCAAAGCCAAAGAGAGGCUGCUGCAAGACUUAGAGGCAGGGAAGGAAGUGACAAAGGAAAACCGGUUUUAUAUCAGUUUUCCUCUCCGGCGAGCCCACACCGAACAUUUGUCAUGCGGCCAAACUGAAGCCCAACCGCUCCACCCGCAGAUCAUCCAGUGGAUCGAGCAACUCGUCGAUGAGGGCAUCACCACCACGAGGGACGUUCAGGCGGUCCUGCGGCACAACGUUCAAACCAAAAUGUCUGACGGCGUGGCGCCGGAUGAGCAGCAUCGGGCGUAUUAUCCCACGCUGAAGGACAUAGCCAAUCACGUCUAUAAAGCCAAAGUGAAACGGCAAGCCGUGAAUGAGGCAAAAAGUGACGACAUCGCAACAACCCUCCUGUUACUCGAUGCAUCACGCAGCCUUACUGAAGACGCUCAUCAUUCCCACCACGCGGCGAGCUACUCCGAUGAAGCCGUCUGGAAAGUGAGAACGGAGCUCCACGAGGAACUCAACGCCAUGUGGGUGUCGUCCACUAACUGCACCGACGCGGUCCCGCUGGCUGAGCUCAAGACGGCCAUCAAGGCUCUCCACGACCAAUUUGUUGCGAACCUCGCAGAGCUGAGACACACACCGAAGCAUCAAGAAGAAAGCGCAGCCACGUCCGCUUUGUCGCCGGCAAAGAUGGCGAGAGUGGACAACAAUUUAUACGCUUACUUGACACUGCAAGACUAAAACAAAAUGUCUUGCUGUUCCUGGAUUUGUUCUUGUGACUUUUUUUUUUUUUACCUUUUGUGACGGAUGAGCUUUAUGUUGGAGUAAACUUUCACAAGUCCGGGAAAUCCUUGACGAGAAUGCUUUUGUAACACCGUGUUGCAAUUUUUUUUUUUGGUACUUCGCCAGUUUGAGAAGAGAUUAAGUCAUUUUGAAAUGCACUUACCGGUUCUGACACUUGACAAUGAAACAAUGCUCUGACCUGAUUACAGUUUAAUUAAAUUUACAGAACAAUGCAGUCACCU